UUUUUUCUUGAUUUUGUUCCCUAUUCUCUAUAGACUGUUGACAUCAAUCAGUCUUUUGAUGCUUGUGAGCCCUGGGUGAGUAUUUGCUUUUCAGGUAUGAAGCAGGAGCUGCUGAGAGACAUCCGGAAGGAGAUGAGGAUAGCAGCAGGGGCGCAAAAGCUGUACCUUGUCACCAAGGACAGACAGACCAAAGCCCAAGUGAAGGAGCUGAGGAACAUCAGUGAGAGGAAGGUGAAAGCCCUUUUCUCCUCUCUCCACAAGCUCAAUGAGCAGCUAGCUCAGAGGGAAGCAGAGAAUUCUCCAGAUGCAGUUCUGGAGACUACAAGGGACACCGAUGUCAACUUCCCUGCACCAGAGAUCACUGCGCCUGAGGUUCAGGUCAUUUCAGACCCCACCAUCGAUUCAUCACAAGUGAGUAUUUUACAUUGA